AUGUCCAUAGUAGCACUGAAGAACGCAGUGGUGACCCUCAUACAGAAAUCAAAAGGUGGCGCCGAAAACUCGGACUCCAGGGGAUCUGAAUCGACUCCCUUGCUAGCAGGCAGCAAUAACAAUAGUACAAGACUUGAUAAUUCUUCCUCGUCCAGUUCGGAUAUUAUCUAUGGUAGAAAUGCGACACAGGAUCUGGAAAACUCGCCCGGUUCGAUAGGGAAAGAUAACAGGAAUGAAGAUGAUAGCUCGGAUAACGAAAAGGCGAACCUGGGGUUCUUCCAGUCGGUAGACCCUCGUGUUAUUAGUGAUUUGAUUAUUGGGCUGAGCGAUGGUUUGACCGUCCCCUUUGCCCUGACUGCUGGUUUAUCUUCCCUUGGUGAUGCAAAAUUGGUUAUCACUGGUGGGUUUGCCGAGUUGAUCUCGGGUGCUAUUUCUAUGGGUCUUGGUGGUUACCUAGGUGCUAAAAGUGAAUCUGAUUAUUAUCAUGCAGAAGUAAAAAAGGAGAAAAGGAAAUUUUAUGAUAACUCCAACCUGAUUAACAGAGAAAUCGAAGACAUCCUACUGGAAAUCAACCCUAAUUUUUCAGAUGAAACAAUCGUCUCAUUCAUCAAAGACUUACAAAGGACGCCGGAAUUAAUGGUGGACUUCAUUAUCAGAUACGGAAGAGGUUUAGACGAACCUGCUGAAAAUAGAGAACUUAUCAGUGCCGUCACGAUUGGUGGUGGUUACCUAAUUGGUGGGCUAGUACCACUACUACCAUAUUUCUUUGUGUCAGACGUAGGCACGGGUCUGAUUUACUCAAUUAUAGUGAUGGUUAUAACGUUAUUCUGCUUUGGUUAUCUGAAGACAAAAUUAUCCAUGGGUAGUAGUAGUUCGACAUCCAAGAAAGUCACAGAAGGUGUCGAAAUGGUCGCUGUCGGUGGUGUAGCAGCAGGUGCCGCGUGGUUCUUCGUUAAAUUACUUGGUUGA